AUGGCGUACGUUCGGCGCUUGCUGGGAAUCCUGCGUCAGGGACCACCAUGGCACGCAUGGUUGGCCUCACACUCCUGGACAGUACAAGGCCUUGCCUGUGCCGCAGCUACAAUUGCAUUCGUACUCGGUGGACUGGUGCAGGCAAUGCAAGCAGUUUGCCCACAUUGCAUCGCCAUCGGCACGACCCUGAUGACAGCUACCUUGGCUGCUGGGGCUGGCAAGGUGGUGUGGGAUACGCUGCAGAAGGUCGAUGCAGCUGCAGGGGAUGCUUCGAUCAUGUUGGAACAGGAGAGUUUGGCACCUGGGGGUCUACUUUGGCUGCAGCUUUUGGGUGCUGCCCUGGUUGCAUUGGCAGCGUCGGCCACCGUGACUUCGAUCUGCAGCCGCAGGACCAGGCUGACCCAGGGUGCAGAGGCCUUUUCAACCGCUUUGCUCGCGGUGCCGCACGGGCUGCUCAACGAGCUGCGCGUGGCCGCUUUGUGCUUGGUGGUCUUACAAGUAGGCAGCCUCUUCGCUUGCACGGCUCUGGUUCAGAGUGCCGCCUCACUAUCCUUACUGCCCUUGCGGCCUGCACAUGCUCCAGGGCUUGUGGGGCCUGAGGGGCCCACCGUGAGGCCCACCGUCGUGGGGCCCUCGGGACCAUUGCCAGGAACUGAAGGUUGGAUGGAUAUGCGCAGACCCACUCUUGGUGAGGCGUGGCCACCAGAACCUCUGAUCUCCGACAUGCAGGCUUUCGUGUUCUCUGAUGUCUUCAGCGUAUUCCUCCUGCUUGUGUUGGUGAUGAUGUGCGGCUUUUGGCUGCAGCUCAUGGAAAGUAUCUUUCGUGGCAAGGUAGCCCUCACCGUGGCAUUCUGGUACUUCGCCCUGGAUCCCGAAGAUGUGGCCAAGCCACUGGCAUCUCCACCGUCAGUAUGGUGGGUGCUGACGAGACGGCAUGUUGGAACUUUGGCCAAGCAUGCCUGCUUCGUGCUGCUGCUUCCCAAGCUCCUGUGCUCUUUCCUGUGUGGGUUGUCGGUUUCCAGAACGAUCUCGGGGUCGCACUCUGAUGGGCCGGGAGCGGCACAGAGUGGAUGUGAUCAGUGCAGAGUCUGCGUGUGGGAAUGGGCGGCAUGGGCACAGGCCUGCUCGGGACAGCCGGCGGUGUGUCUGUCUGUUUUCCCAGGGCACGAUUUCUUUGAGGCAGUCAGCAUGAUUGCGGAGUCCGUGCCCCUGGCCUUGGAUACAUUGCGAGCACAUUUAGGGGCUGCGUCGCUCUCUGCCUUCUUCACGGGUGCCAGCUUGCCAUUCUUGGUCGUCACACUGCUGUCCUUUGUGGUUUGGAGGGAGCCUGACGAAGUCGGGGAUCACCGGUCAACAGAAGACACGCUGCAGCUGAUGUGGCUCUUGAUAUUGCUCGUGGUGGCACUUCCCGCUGGCCUGGCCUGGUCAACCUUCAGUGAUGCUUUGACGGACUCCCUGCUGACCUGCUGUCUCUUGGAUGAUGUUUGGUUCCAAACCUUCCAAGAAUUCCGGGAAGAAUUCCGAGAAGAUUUCCGGGAGGCGCCGACUCCUCGGACCGUCCCGACAAUCCCGGUGACCCACGCUUCCUCCCAUGUGCUGUGGAGCAGCAGGCUGGUGCCUGUAAGGCUCCGCAUCUUCCUGACUCCGAAGCCGUGA